AUGAAGACCCCACCCACACCCCCAGAACCAGUUACCUCAAGUCCCCAACCCCAGCACAAGAACCAGAUACCUACAGUCUCCACUCCCAGGAUCAGGUACCUCAAGUCCUCACCCCAAGGACCAGGUACCUCAAGUCCCCACCCCAAGGACCAGGUUCCUCAAGUCCCCACCCCCAUAACACAGUUCUCAAGUCCCCACCCCAAGGACCAGUUCUCAAGUACCCACCCCCAGAGCCAGGUACCUCAAGUCCCCACCCCAAGGACCAGGUACCUCAAGUCCCCACCCCAAGGACCAGGUACCUCAAGUCCCCACCCCAAGGACCAGGUACCUCAAGUCCCCAUCCCAAGGACCAGGUACCUCAAGUCCCCACCCCCACAACCAUAG